AUGCGCAGCGCCGUCUCCUCCUCCAGCUUCUUCGGAUUCCUCGUCUCCGUCAGCCGGCGAGCCUUCUCCUCCGGCGACGGCGCCUCGGGAGUCCGGCGGCUAAAGAACGUGCCGUCGCGCCACCGCGCGGCGGCGCUGUGCCACGCGCGGAGCGUGCUGACGGAGUACCUUCACGUCACUCGCUCGUUGCAGUUCUGCCACGCCGAGAACAUCGCCGCCAACUCCCCCGCUUGCCUCUCCUCGCUCCUCUCCAGGCUCCGCUUCCCCGAUGAUCCCUCUCAGCUCCCCGGCGCGCUCCGCCGCUUCCUCUCCUUUCGUCCGAUCAACGAGUUCGACUUCUUCUUCGAGAGUAUCGGCCUCCCUCCGCUGCGAUCCGCCUGCGCCAGCGGCCAUGGCGGAGGCUUCUUCCUCUCCGAGGACACGCGGCUCGUCUCCGCCGUCUCCGCUCUGGUCCGGUUCGGCUUCCCCUGGACGAAGCUGGGGAUCCUUUACCGGGAGUGUAGCUCCAUCUUCUCCGAGCAUGCGGACGAGCUCGGGGAUCUGCUCAUCAGCUACGAGAAUUUGGGAUUCGACAAGGUUGCGGUGAUCGGGAUCUGCCUGGCCUUCCCGAGCGUCCUGGCAGUGGACGGGAUCUCAUCCGGCAGAGAGAUUCCUGCUCUGCUCGAAGACUUGAAGCGCGUCAUCUCGGAUUUCCAUACGGAGGGCUCCGCCGAGGAGAACGUGGAGGCCUAUUUCCGGCUGUGUAGGCGGAUUAGGGUUUUCUACAAUUUGGGCUGCGAGAAAGGGGCCAUGGGGGAGCUCCUUGCGGCGAGCAGGGAUCUGUUUCUCCAGAUCGAUGAAGACGACUUGUCCAGGAAGGUGGAUUUCUUCUGCCGGCUGGGGAUGAGCGGGGAUGAAGUCGGCCUGUUUGUUCUUCGGCGCCCCGAGGUCCUGCAACUUGAUCUGGAGAACCCUUCUCUGAGGAUGCCUGAUUAUCUGAAACAGAUUGGUCUGUGUGAGGAGGAAUUGGACUCAGUGUUCCUCAAGUAUCCCUACGCCAUGGGGAAGAACAGAUUGGGGAACCUGCCCGGCGUCCUGAGAGCCGUGGAUCUGAGUGAGUUCUUCGUCAGGAAGAUCAGGAACGGGGGCCACCGCUACCUCUCGCCGGAUUCCGAUCUCCGCAUUUCAGACGACGAGGUGGCAGAGGACAACGAUUUCCAGCAUGAACUGGCCAAGACGAGGCGGGUGACCAAGAGCAAUCUGGUGACCAACAAGCUGGAAUUUCUCCUGGGAAUCGGGUUCGGGGAGAACAAGAUCACGCUCAAAUCCCUCCGCCAGCUGAAUAGCACCAAGGCUCAGCUGAAGGAAAGGUUUGACUGCCUUCUUGAGAUGGGGCUCGAAUAUUCAAUGAUCUGCAGGAUGGUCAGCGCUACACCCAAAUUACUGAACCAGAACGCGGACAUGCUCCGCGUGAAGAUCGACCACCUUCGCAACAAUCUGGGCUGUUCCCUCGAGUACCUGAACAAUUUCCCGGCCUAUCUCUGCUUCAAUCUGGAGAACAGAGUCAAACCCAGGUACAGGAUCUUAAACUGGCUCAAGGAGGUUGGCCUGCUCAAGAAGACCUACUCUCCUGCCACCAUCCUGGCCACCUCCGAGAAGAAGUUCAUAGGUUGCCUUCUCGAGAUCCACCCUGCUGCUCCCAAGCAAUGGUUCGAGGUCUUCUCCAGGAAUCACUCCAAAGAGCACCUGAGGAACUAUGAUUCUGACGGGUAA